ACUCCUGACGUGGUAUCUAUGGAGAGCAGAAGGUAUAUCUCAGCAAUGCAGGACUGGCUAAAAAAAAAGGGCCCGAGGGUGCAUACUUUUUUCUUAAACCAACUAUGUGGAGAUAGAUGUUAGAGGACGAGAAUGACACCCUCAACUAGGAAACGAAGUAGGAGGAAAGAAACACCGUUCUGUUGGUGUUGUGUGCUAAUGUAUGUUGAGCUAGGGAAGGAGAGGUAGUCGAAUGAGGAAGUACCACACUGUCAGGUAAAUGGCAGAUAUGUAGGGUGUGAAAACAUCAUGAUUUGUGAUGCCAAUUUGAAGAUCGGAAUCAGAUCGGGCUUCGGACUAUAAUUACAACCAAAUUGUAUAUCUUUGGAUUCAAGUGAGUUUUGUGAUACAGCACAGGUAAAAUACAGUUUAAUUAAGAAAUAAAAACAUGAUACUCACAGGUUAUAAGACAGAAAAUCUACUAAUUUAGAAAUGUUGACAAUCUUUUUCCCUUCUACAUGUUAAUUUAACAUUUUAGUUUUUAGAGUGUUCAAUAAAAAAUCUUCACGCUGGCUUUUUGUGAUUUUGAAAUAAUGUCUGAAAUGUUAAUCCCUUGGUUUAAACGUUUAAGUUCAUAAAUAUAUUCAUAAUGUAUGUAUCCACUAAAAGGAAAGAAAUAAAUUUGCCUAUCUAUUAUUAUUCCUCACUUGCUGCAAAGCUUAAUACUUGGAUUUUGAUAAGCAGAAUUUUAAAUUUCGUUAAUUAUAAUUUAAUGUUUUCUUUUUCUUUCUUAUUUUUCCCCAGCUAGAUGACCAUCUGAUCCCGUUUCUUUGUGCGUGUCAUUUUGUAAUAAAACCGAUUCCCUCCGAUAUAUUUUUUCUUAUAUUGGCAUAUAUCCAUAUGUUUGUCAUUCAUUGUUAAAAUAAAUUUAAUGUUUUGUUGUCCUUAUCUAUUCAACUCACCCUAUUUCCAUUGCAUCAAAAGCACACUGUUUCAUUUUCUAUUUUAGUUUUCCUGUUUGACUUAUACAAUAUGUUGUUUCUUAUGUAAUCAUAUUUCCACAUUCAUGCAAUAAAUGCUUCAGUUUUUUUAUUCGCUCACAAUUACAUUUUCACAUUUUAAAUGUCCUUCUUAUAUUAAUCAGUUCUUUAUUUUUCCAUGAUUGUUCUGUAAUUCACUGAGUACCUAUUUACCUCCAAACAUAGAUUAAUUCUUUUUCUACUUCUAUGUUCUUUAACUAGAUAUUUUUCUUUACCUACAGGAUGUGAUGUUCAUAGCCUGCGUUAAAGUAAAUUGAAAUUGAAAACCACAAUUAAUCUACAUAAUUUUUUUCCACUCUCUUUCGUACUCCAUUUCUGUCUAUCACAUCCAAAUCAUUUUCCCCCUCGUCAUACUUUACCAUGUUUACAUUGCUAUUUUGUUACAUUCCAUUCUUCAAAUAAUUUGCAAUGCACUCUUCUCAACAACACAAAUUACUUCCUUCAUCACUCUCUCCUCUGCGUCAUUCGUACUUAUUUACUUGUACCUUCAUUGCUGUCCUUAUUUAUUUCCCUCUGCUUCACUGUUCAUCUAUCAAAUUGCAAUUUGACACGUUUUUUCCCCCUUUUACUUUAUUGUUACAUAUUAUUUUUUUUUAGUUUCUUAACGGGUUCUUGUUAAAAGACAAUUGCUAGUCUCUUACGUAAUGCACAUUGUAAGAUUCAUCUUUGUCAGAUCGUGUAGAUCGUUGAAAUAUAUAAGAAAUAAUUCCGAAUAUACAUGUUUGUAUAUAAUGUAGAACACAUUAUUUUAGAAUAGCCAGAAUAUAUGAUUCCCCCCUUAUUUAUAAUAAUCGUUUGCAUAAAUAUGGUGAAAAUAAUCUCGAUAAAUGAUGUGUACACAAAUUACUAAAAGGGAUAAGACUUAAGACAUUAUUAUUAUAUUGAUAGAAUAAUUUACAUAUUGACAUAUGCUACGAUCAUUUUAUUGUUUGAUUCUUACGCAAAUUGUUCGUCAUUUCCACCAACCUAACAUGCAAUAGGUGCAGCAUGCUCUCCCCUCAUAUACGGUAACGCGUCUUUCCCGGAAGGCAGAGAAGGGGAUGUUGUGGAUUCCAGUGAGACGUGCCCAAUUUAUACCACUAUGGGCGGUACACCCAUUGGACGUGCAGAGUGUGCACAAGGCACAACAUUUGGAGAAUUGGCUUGGAAUAUCACCAUGUAUUUGAAUGACUGUGGGCCGUUAAGGGAAACAAAUGAAGUAGUCGACGAUAUUAUUGAGAAAGGAGUAACAAAUGAGACAGUGAUAGAAGUGCUAGAGGUCGUGGUGGUGGUCACAGACAUGGAUAUUGACGAGGAAGACAUUGUCAACAUAGCUAAUAUCAUCAGCAACAGUACAGCCCUACAAAGUGGCGAUCCAGGGAUCACUACUCUUACUGCAACCAUCAUCAGCAACUUCGCAGGGAAAGAUGAAGACGAGCUUACCACGGUGGAAGAGAAUACUGGAGCAAUCACUCAAAUCUUGGAGAGUUUUGAAGAACAGCUUAACAAUCUGGACAUAUCGGAUGGACAAAGUUAUACUGCAUUGGAGAUGAAUGUAGCUGUACAGGUGACCAGUGUCGAACCGGAUGACUUUUUAUCGGGGUUGACCGUAUCCGCUAGCAGCACCUCCUCCGAUCUAAGGCUGACUGACAUCACGCUCAACGCCGGAGACAGCCUAGUCCAGGGAGAGGUCCUCACAGGUACUCGUGUCAGUAUUCCCUCUGCCGUCCUGAACAGCCUCAGCAACGGAGAAGGUAGCGAGUCAGGGGUACGCGUGGCCCUCAGCGUUUUCAGGACACCGUCAUUGUUCUCUUCGCAGCGUAUCCGAGACACCAACGCCGGGCAGAGCAGUUUCAACCGGACCGUGAACUCACUGGUUAUGGGUUUGACGCUCGCGGGACGGAAGAUGACGACUUUGGCGGAGAACAUCAUAUUUAAGUAUAAACCUAUUCAGUCUGACUUUCAAAAUCCCGAAUGUGUGUUCUGGGACUUCGAGGACACACUUGAUUGGUCAGGGAGAGGAUGUCGUCAGAUUGCGUCAUCAGGAUCAGAAAUUACAUGCAGCUGUGAUCAUCUGACGAAUUUCGCGGUAUUGAUGGAUAUAUAUGCUGAACGUGUUGAGGCGUUACGGAUUAUUAGUAUCAUCGGUUGUGCCAUCUCCAUUGUGUGUUUAGUCAUUAUACUAAUCACCUAUCUAUCAAACAAAAACCUCCACGUCCACCAGUCGCAGAAGAUCUUCAUGUGUCUCUGCGGUACCCUCCUCGGUCUAUACCUCACCUUCCUCAUCAUGAGCGCAUUGGACCGUCAUCCCGACUACCCCGAGGUCACUCCCGUCCCUUGCGGCAUCCUCGCCGCUCUCGUUCACUUCUUCACCCUAUCCUCUAUGGCCUGGAUGGGCGUUGAGGGAAUCAACACCUAUCUCAUUGUCGUGCGCGUCUUCGAUGCUUACAUUCCUCGUUUCAUGCUCAAAGCCAGCAUCGUGGCAUGGGGAGUCAGUGGUCUAGUCGUCCUCUUGACCGGCAUGGCAUCCCAAGGAAACUAUGCAGCAACAGACUACUGUUUUCUUCAGAAGUGGCCAUCGGUCGGUGGACUCCUCAUCCCAAUAGCGAUCAUCCUCCUUGCCAACAUCGUCAUCUUCAGCUUGGUCGUUCGCCGCUUGAUCAAGUCGGCCAACGUCGCCUCUAAUAGCGACGCGGCCGGGACCAACCGCAAGGCAUCUAUCGAGCGAAUCAAGAACGCGGUCAGCGUCCUCCUUCUCCUCGGCUUGACCUGGGUCACGGGCUACCUGACCCUGAUUGACACCACAAGUCAGGUCACCCAAACUCUCUUCAUUGUCUUCAACUCUCUCCAAGGCUUCUACAUCUUCAUCCUCUACUGCGCGAGGAACCCAGUAGUGCGCGCGUACUGGGCCAAGGUGUGCGGUUGCGGGCAGGACUCUUCGAAAUCGAGCACCCGUGCGAACCAAGGAACGAGUCAGGGAAUCUCCUUGACCAAGACGAGGUCGACGUCGGAAAACGACCAUGAUUAUGAGAAUCCGUCCUUCGAUGAUAAUAAGGAAUAUACUGACCUUGAUUUCUCUCAGGGCAAGAAGGGCGGUGAUCCGACGAAGCCGACGUCCUCUGGUAAGGAAUAUACUGAUCUUGAUUUCUCUAAGAUCGAGAAGGGUGGUGAUCCAACGAAGUCCUUUGACGGUAAGGAAGAUGUUGGUCCGGCCUAUGAAGUUUGUAUCAUAUAGAAUGUCAAUCAAAUAGAUUUCAAGUCUUUUACAAAAAUCGAAUUACAUCAAGAUAUACACUUGAAAUAUUUAUUGAAGACAGUCAUGUAGAUUAUCAUAACAAAGAGAAUUACCUUAUAGAUUUAUUAAAAGUAUGUACAGUCAAACCUGUUUAUAGCAACUGCCAAAGGGAAACACAAAAAGUUGUCUUUCU